GAUGAAACAGUCAGAGUUGCUCAAAUAUAAAAAAGCUGCUUACUCUGGAAACACAUUUGGUUCAGCACUUCACUGGAGAUCUGCAGUGGCUUCUCUUUGGUAACCACUUCAAGCUGGUGAAAGAAUGAUGAUCAGACUUGUGUUUGCAGUGCUGCUCCCUGCAGCAGCUUAUCAAUCCCCUCUGCCCACAGACUGUAGUGACAUCUACAGAGGUGGUGCAGGCGUGGAUGGAGUAUACACCAUCUAUCCAGCUGGCUCCACCUCUCCUGUGCAGGUUUACUGUGACAUGAGCAAAGACGACAUCGACAACUCAGCAGAAAAAUGGACGGUGAUUCAGAGAAGACAAGAUGGCACAGUGAACUUCUUCAAGAAGUGGGAGCACUACAAAACCGGAUUUGGGAGCGCUGCUGGAGAGUACUGGCUGGGCCUGGAGACAAUGCACCUGCUAACCCAAGGCAAGAACUAUGAGCUGAAGGUCGACAUGGAAGAUUUUGAAGGCCAGAAGGUCUUUGCCCAUUACUCCUCCUUCUCUGUUGGCCCAGAGUCAGAUGGAUAUAAGCUAAACCUGGGAAGUUUCAUCAAAGGGGCAGCAGGAGACUCUCUAAGUGGUCACAAUGGAAUGAAAUUCACUACCAUCGACAAUGAUCAAGAUACACAUCCUUCGAACUGUGCCAGGGUGUGCUAUGGAGGAUUCUGGUACAGCGCGUGCUAUGCUGCCAACCCCAAUGCCAUCUACAUGUGGGGACCUUCAACCCGUUUAACUGGCGUGCACUGGAGAACUUUUAAAGGGAUUGAAUACUCCCUAAAAACCAUGGCAAUGAAAAUUAGACCAGCUGCUACAUAAAAACCAACCAAAACACAACAACCUGGAGAACUAGCAAUGUGACUAGAUUUGAAAUAUCUUACAAUUUUGUAAAAUUGUGAAACUUUUGUAUUUAUUAACAUAGGAGGUGUAUCCACAUUAGUUUAUGAUAUUUGCAAGAACAUUAGGACUGUCUUCAUAUCUUACUUACUUUAGUACAUAUGCUUGUUAUGAUAUGAAGCAAAAAUGUUCAAUGUCUAACCAACCAUGAUAGAGAAUCCUGUGAAUAAUCUCUGCUAUGGAUGAGUCCAAAAGUUAUUUACUCUGCAAGUUUCAAGACCCUCACUUCUAAUAAAAUUAUGGACAGAUAAGAAAUCUCUCCAUAAAUUUUUCCAAACAGAAAAAUAAACAAACAAAAUAACAACGGAAAUAUUUGUUUGACCAAAAAGCGCUGAAAACACUGGAUGACAUGUUCCUUCAUGACCACCUAGCGUCACAUACACCACCAGAGAUACUGACAAAAAUCACAAAAUAUGUAUUCAUACGCAACAAAAAACAGUCCCCAGCUGAGUCUAAACUAAGUCUAAUUUGUAAAUCUUGUAUAUCUAUGAUAGGAAACCACAUAGUCAUUGGUUAAUGAAAUGUUGAUCACAAGUCACCGUCAGACCUGGCCCUCCUCAUCACAUCUGGCUUUUUGCAUACAAGAUGGCAACAGCAGAAACACUCAUGUCAAGGCUUCAACAUGGCACUUCAGAAACCAGUGGAUGACGUCAUGGUAAAAGCUACAUCCAUCUUUUAUAGCUCUAGCUGUCUAUAGCUGCAGCCUAAAGCCUGACUUGACGUGAAGACAUUCACAUUGCAUGGAUGCUUUUAAAAGUGAGCUGAAUGCAUAUCUGCUUAGAUGUUAACUUGGGUGUUAUGAGUGAACCUGUUUGGAUUUACACCAUGCUUUUUGUAAUUCUUGAGUCCUGCUUUUACUGGUUACAUGUAGUUUCUUUUUAAUUCUAUUAUUGUAUGCUAUUUAAACACAUUUUGCUUGGCUGUUUAUCGUAUGAAAAACACAAAAGUACAUUUGUGAUAUAUUUAAUGUUUUUUGUUUGUUUGUUUGUUUGUUUGUUUACUUUUGGGGUGAAGAUUUGUCAAGAAAAUAUCAGCCUUUACUUAAAUAGAGGCUAAUUGGAGGUCCAGAGGUGUGCUGCAGUUCAAAAUCCUCAUUUAUCUUAUACUGUGCCCUCCACUGUCUGAAACAAGCUCUUAAUUACUCCUCUUCCAAUUGGCUGCCCUUCAUAGACAGAAAGCUUAAAUAGCAGGUGGGUGGGGCUUCUCUGGUUUCAGUGAAAACUACGUGUCUGAGAUGACAAUAUUAAGGAUUAGCUCUCAUCUUUAACAACACACACAACCAAACUUAGAAAAACAGAGCUUUGACUCACUGGUAUAACUUAUAAAUGCUAACCUUGUUAGUUGAGGUUAUACCCUUAUUUAAAUGCUUAUUAAACACAUUUUUCUUCAGCCUAAA